AUGUCGCAACGCAGUAGCUCGAAGGCGCUGACCCUGGCGCUCGCUCAGUCAGCCGCCGGUAUCAUCUUCGGAUGGGGAAACUCGGAAGGAAGCGGUCUCUUCAGCAUGACAUCGUAUCAGCGCAGAUUUGGAGAGUGUGACGCUGCGGGUAUCUGUGCCCUCAGCACGACUCGUCAGAGUGCCAUCACUGGUCUUUUGAGUGUAGGAGCCGUCAUCGGGGCAGUAGGAUCGGGAAGCAUCGCAGCUCGCUUCGGUUUGCGUAAAACCUGCAUCGCUUUUAUCCUCAUCCACCUUAUCGGCGCCGCCAUCGAAACAUCCGCUAUGAAUACCUACGCCCAGAUUCUCGUCGCCCGUCUCCUCACCGGUCUCGGUAUCGGCGCCACAUCCGGUCUCGUCCCCGUCUUCCAGGCCGAAGCCUCGCCGCCCAAGUACCGUGGUCUCGUCACUGGCAGCUUCCAGCUCUGUGUCACGCUCGGUAUCUGGGGUGUCAGCAUGACCAACUGGGGUAUGAGCAGAUACGAUAAUUCGGACAUCAGCUGGCGCAUCCCCGUCGCGCUCCAGAUGGUCUUCUCCGCUUGUCUCCUUGUCGGCUUCAUCCUAUCCCCCGAAUCACCGCGCUUCCUCGCCAAGCAAGAACGGUGGGAAGAGUGUCGCAAGAACCUCGCCAAUCUCCGUGGUCUCCCCGAGGACGACGCCAACAUUGACGUCGAGAUGGAUGAGGUACGCGCUGCGGCCGAGAAGGACAAGGAGAGGGGAAGUGCCAAGUACAGCGAGUGUUUCUCGACCCAGGACCGGAUCGCUUGGAGGACUAUGAUCGGGAUCUUGGUUCAGAUCGGACAGCAGGUGACCGGUAUCAACUUCUUCUUCUCGUACGGUGUGCAAUUCGCCCAAGCUGCCGGUCUCGCCAACACCUACGUCUUCCAAAUCAUCCUCGCAUCCGUCAACGUCGCUGCCUCCUUCCCCGGUGUCAUUGCCGUUGACCGGGCAGGGCGUCGUCCAGUGUUGCUCACUGGGGCAGCCACCAUGUUCAUCGGCCAGAUCGUCGUCGGCUCCGUCUCCAAGGCAUACCCCGACAACCCUAUCGCCGGAGACGUCCUCAUCGCCUUCACCUGCCUUUUCGUCGCUGCCUUUGCCUCGUCCUGGGGUCCCGUCGCUUGGGUCGUAUGCGGCGAGACCUUCCCUAUCCGUCUCAGCAGCCUCUGCGUCACCCUCGGCACGGGCGCCAACUGGCUCUUCAACCUCAUCAUCGCCUUUGCGGCCCCUCAGAUCCAGGCGCGGAUCGGUACCGGAAUCUGCUUUGUCUGGGCCGGAUGUCUCGCCUUGGCAUUCGCGUUCGCCUUCUUCUGUAUUCCCGAGACCAAGGGCAUGUCUAUCGAAGAGGUUGAUGCGCUCUACCUCUCCGGUACCCCCGCCUGGCGCUCGGGCUCGUUCAAGCGUCAGCAGGAAGAGCAGGCCAUCAAGUCGCACGAGAAGCACUAUGCCCGCUCGACGCAUCGUGAGGGUGGAGCUCAGGUCCCCAAGGACAGUCAGCCGAGCAGCGCUAUGACCAGUGCCCGACCCAGUAUGGACGUAUAG